CCCUCGAUUUCAACCGCACUCUUGCAUAUUCCGCUGAUGCCGAUCUCGAAGCAGGGCGUGCGAAGAACCAACAAGCAAUAUUAUUUAGGAGGAUAAUAACAAACCAGGACUUGUGGAGGGGAUUAUCAAUUCCUGUGCUCGUUCCUUCGUAAUAUAUUUAGCAAUGGGAAUGCCCUUGCUUCAUACGGUGCAAACUCGUCAUGUCCAGACAGACUACGGAAACAUCUAUGGUUCAACAAUCCUGGGAGUCACAAAAAUUGAAACCACUACCACCUCGUCCACCUACACACGAUCAACCGAUACUCUUCGAAUGAGCGAGUCGGACUCUAGUUGCUUGGAAGGUGGCAGUAGCCGAUCUCUGGUACAGUCUCGAGCUCAUUCUCAGAACGCCACACUGUCUUCUUACCUUGCUGCCUUUUGGCCGAGUCUGCCUUCUCUCCGGUACUGUAUGAGUUGCGCGCACAAAUUCAAGGUUGUCUUUCCCACAAACAUAGCCAUGACUUGCGACGUGAGUCCCUCGCAGGAGCAGAUCAUCUUUAUAGCAAAUGGUCACGUGGGGCCCAUAGGAUCUUUCUGGUGUAUGGAGUCGUGUGACGGAACAAAGAAACAACCUGUAUGACUAAGAAUGUUGCCCAUGGAGCAUUUUUCGUCUAUUCUAGCGGUAUUAUGCCCCAUAUGUUUCGACAAAAUAUGUUGCCUAAGCAUUAUCGCCCAGGGCACGUGACUCAAUACGGAGUAUCUAGUCGGAAAUACUGCUUAGCAAAUCAUGCUGCGCACCAAUCGGAUCUCAACAAGUCUAAAUUGCUAUAUAGCCCCUAACUGGCAAUUUGGAUGGGCUCU